AUUAAUUAUUAAAGUAUUACACAAUAAAGCAUUAAAUAUCAAAUUUCAAAGGGGUCAAUUUCAAAUUAUUUGAGGUUAUAAUAAUUAAUUUUCUAAGUAUUAGAUAAUGAAAAAUUAAAUAAUCUAAGUAUAGCCGCUUCAGCCUUUCAGCGUUUACUAGUACGAGAGGACGAGGUUUUUAACACUCUUACGCAAAUUCCUCAAAUAUAAAUUCACCAAUUUGCCUUAUUUAGUCAAAGCGCGUUCAAUCCCCUUCUAUAUAUAAUCUCUCUCGAAUCUCGAUUACCCCAAGUUAUCAUCCUAGAAUGGCGACUCAUGGCAUCCAUGGCAAUCUUCUCGAAGUCACUGUUGUUAGCUGCAAUAAAUUGAAAGAUACGGAGUGGAUUUCCAGGCAAGAUCCUUACGUUUGUGUUGAAUACGGAAGCAACAGAUCUCGGACACGUACCUGUACAGAUGGAGGCAAGAACCCUACGUUCCAAGAGAAAUUCGUGUACACACUAAUUGAAGGAUUAAGAGAGUUGAAUGUUAAUGUUUGGAAUAGCAAUACAGUCAAACACGACGACUUUAUUGGCAGCGGAAAAGUUCAAUUGGCGAAAGCUCUUUCACAGGGAUUUGAUGAUAGCACUUGGCCAUUGCAAUCCAAAACUGGCAGACAUGCUGGAGAGGUUCGAUUGAUAAUACAUUACUCAAAUGCCAAUAAACCAGCAAACAGUCAUGCUUCAGGAGCUCCACAAUAUGGUCAACCACAGCCAUCACUAUACUCUGCACCACCACCACAUCAGCCAUCAGUAUCAUAUCCACCACCUGCUUCCGCCGGAUACCCAUAUCCACCAGCCGGAGGUGUUGGUGUUGGUGGUUACCCUGCACCAUCGCCCUACUCCUCAUACCCACCUAAUGCCGCCUAUCCACCCUCUCCAUACCCACCUCAGGCAGCAGCUCCUUAUGCAGCACAACCAUAUCCACCAAAUUCAGCUUACCCUCCUCAACCUUAUGGAUCAUUUUAUCCACCUGCUCCUCCUUACCCAGGUCAACAUCCUCCACCUUAUUGAGAGAGAGUUCCUACUUCCUAUCACCCAUCAAGUAAUCAUGUAAUGAAAAUGUCUAUAAACUUUGCUAGAUGUGAUAUUGUGAUCCAAACUGUAAAUCUUUUAUUAUAGUGGCUUUGAUCAUUUUCGUAUUAUUUUAGAGUUUAAGUAUCGAAUUAUGUUUUAAAUAUGGUGUAGUGUUUUUUUUUUCUUUUAAAAUCUUUGUUUGAUAAUGAUAAAUAUUCUUUUAUUGGUUGUUUGUUAAGUGUUUGUAUUAUAAAGUUUGUCAAGUUGUGGCUUUUGAAAGCGUAAUGUUUGUUUGAGUAAUUUUUAGAAAUGAUGAUACAUUAUAAAGGUGUUUGCUUUUAAGACUAGUGAUAAUUCAAAAAUUCUAAACAAUGAUGGAUAUUUUUAAAGUCC